UCGACACAGCUGCAACUAAGCAUCCAAUUCCCGUUAACACAGUAAUAAUACAUGUUUAUAAAAUGUAUAUCAGUCUCUGAGGGUGCAGGCUAAAAGUAAAACCCAACCUUAACAUGUGAGCUGAGCAGUUAGACAGCUAGACAACACAUUUAGCUAACUUGAGAUGCUAACCACUCGACCUGGAAGGCGACCGAGGUGCCAGUGUUUGUCGCUGACUGUACAUCGAGUUAAUCAUUUUAAUUUAGUCCACCAGACAUGAUUUGUUCAGAGGAUGAAGACGACCCCUUCCCUGUAGACGACGGUCUGUUUGCCGACACAUUCUCUCAAGACACCGUUUACAACUUAGUCGGCCAGGAGCUGAAGAUAAGACAGGUGUUCGGGGCCAACCUCGGCGUGGCUGCCCCGGUCUGGGAGGCUGCGUUACACUUGUGUCGUUACUUGGAGGAGCAGGCGGUGGAGUUGAGAGGGAAGCGCAUCAUCGAGCUGGGAGCAGGGACUGGUGUGGUCGGCAUCCUGGCAGCACGUCUCGGUGCAGCUGUGACCCUCACAGACCUUCCUCUGACUCUCCCUCAGCUCCAGGCCAAUGUCUCUGCUAACAUGCCACCCAGUGGUUGGCUGACCACCCCUCCCACCGUCCUGCCUCUGUCCUGGGGCGAGGACCACGUGAACUUCCCCUCCAACUGGGAUCUGGUGCUUUGUGCAGAUAUAAUUUACCUCCCAGAGACUUACCCACUGCUUGUGGAGACACUAGCUCAUUUGUGCAAGAACGGAGCCGUGGUGUAUCUGUCGUCCAAAAUGCGAAAAGAGCACAGGACUCCAUAUUUCUAUGAGGGCUGUCUGCCGAGCAGAUUUAAUGUCGAGCUUGUGAACCGUGAUGACAAACAAAACAAUAAUAUAUACAGGGCAUCUCUAAGGAAAGAGUAGUGGCCGCAGGAACAACCUGUCUAUGAGUCUGGUUUCUUAGACGCCUUUAAAACAAAAAACAAAAAAUUAUAUAAGUGUGUUUGUAAAAAACAGAAAACAGUGAAAGCAUCUUAUGCAUUAUACAAAAUACAAAUAUGAGGUGACUGUAUUUGUCAUCAUAGCAGUUUCAAAGAUUUUCAUUUUUUUGUUUUUCCUACUACAAGCUGCAAUUUGGGGUUUAAUAAUCCACUAUAAUCAAAUAAUCAGCCACAGAUUGUUGCAAUUGUGUAUAGCCUUAUAAACACAAAGAGAGCCUGCUCUCAUUGGACUUUUGUGCUGUCAGUCAUUUUAGUCAUUCAUGUUGUCAUUAUCAGGCACACUUAGUUUGGUAAUGUUAUCAGAGCAUUUCUUAAAAUAGGGUCAACAGCUCCUCUCAGGAAUUUUCUGCCCUUCCUCUGACAUUAAAAUGUCAUAUAUUCUCACCUCUGAUUAUCCUUCAUAGUUAAAACCCUUUAGGGUCUCUCCAGGUUCAUCUUAUCAGUACAGACAACACAGAGGCCUGUCUGCACACGUUUAUACAUCCUGUUCUGUUUUAUGCAAGGGUCUGGAGCAUGUUACAAAGUUGUUUGAGCUGCCUUCUCUUCAGAUAUGACUGAAAAGACAUCAUCACAUCUUUAUAGGCCCUGGAGAGUGAUCUCUUCAAGAAGCUGUGUACUAUGGUUGAUCUGAUCUUACAGGAAUACAAACUUUUAAAAACAUUUUUAUUACUUUGAUGUGACACGUGGUUGUGUUUUUAUGUUUAGUCUUCAAACUGGUUUGAAAUGGGCGGGGCUCAUUUUAAUUAAAAUGUGAUGAGGACUUCAGGAUUUGUAGCUAAUGAUGUUAAGCCACUGCCAAUCAAAUCACACCCACACAAUCCUGAGAAACACAUUAAUGGAGUGUUAAACCUAAUAAAUAAGACCUUGUCUUUG